ACAUCAAACCCCAUGCCAUUUUGAACAUGCUGUCCCCAGGCAACAUGUCUGGUUCUGUUUUUGAGGAAGCUCUCUUCUUCCUCCUCGGUCUCCUCAGUGAAUGCUGAAUGAGUCCCCGGACUUGACUCACUGACCCCCUGAGAAGGCCCCCAGGCAGCUGCACAGAUUCUCCUCUCCUUGGUGUACAAAUGGACCCAGAUCUGACCGAUGAUGGUGGCUCAACCCCUUGUUUAAAACUGGCCACAAACGAAGAUUAGAAGAAGAUGAUAUGUAUUCAGUGCUUCCAGAGGAUCGCUCCAAGCACCUUGGAGAACAGUUACAAAGCUACUGGGAUAAAGAAGUUUUGAGAGCCGAGCGUGACUCGCGGAAGCCAUCUUUAACAAAAGCAAUCAUCAAGUGCUACUGGAAAUCCUAUGUAGUUUUGGGACUUUUUACGUUAAUUGAGGAAGGCGCCAGAGCAAUCCAGCCCUUAUUUUUGGGGAAAAUUAUUAAUUAUUUUGAAAACUAUGAUCCCACUGAUUCUGUGGCUUUGCAAGAAGCCUACAUCUAUGCCACAGUGCUGACUACCUGCACACUCGUUUUGGCCAUACUGCAUCACCUAUACUUUUAUCAUGUUCAGUGUGCUGGGAUGAGGUUAAGAGUAGCCAUGUGCCAUAUGAUUUAUCGGAAGGCACUUCGUCUUAGUAACGUGGCCAUGGGCAAGACAACCACAGGCCAGAUUGUCAACCUGCUGUCCAAUGACGUGAACAAGUUUGAUCAGGUAACAGUAUUCUUGCACUUCCUGUGGGCAGGCCCAAUGCAGGCCAUCGCAGUGACUGCCCUGCUCUGGAUGGAAAUAGGAAUAUCAUGCCUUGCUGGGAUGGUCGUGCUCGUCAUCCUGCUGCCUUUGCAGAGCUGCAUCGGGAAGCUGUUCUCAUCCCUCCGGAGUAAGACGGCAACUUUCACAGACGCCAGGAUCAGAACCAUGAAUGAAGUUAUAACGGGCAUAAGAAUAAUAAAAAUGUAUGCUUGGGAAAAGCCAUUUGCAGACCUGAUUACCAAUUUGAGGAGGAAGGAAAUUUCCAAGAUUUUGAGAAGUUCCUACCUUAGAGGAAUGAAUUUGGCAUCGUUUUUCGUUGCCAGCAAAAUCAUUGUUUACGUGACCUUCACUACCUACGUGCUCCUUGGCAAAGUGAUCACAGCCAGCCGUGUGUUCGUGGCGGUGACCCUCUACGGGGCUGUGCGGUUGACCGUCACUCUCUUCUUCCCCUCGGCCAUCGAGAAGGUGUCGGAGGCUGUCGUCAGCAUCCGAAGGAUCAAGAACUUUCUCUUGCUUGAUGAGAUUAAACGAUGCAGCCCUGAGCUACCAGCAGACGGUAAAACGAUAGUGCAAGUGCAGGAUUUGACCACUUUUUGGGAUAAGGUAUCAGAAACCCCAACCCUACAAGACCUCUCCUUCACUGUCAGGCCCGGUGAACUGUUAGCUGUGGUCGGACCUGUGGGAGCAGGAAAGUCAUCGCUGUUAAGUGCCGUGCUGGGGGAACUGUCCCCGAGCCAGGGGCUGGUCACUGUGCAUGGAAGGAUCGCAUAUGUUGCUCAGCAGCCCUGGGUGUUUUCAGGAACUGUGAGGAGCAAUAUUUUAUUUGGGAAGAAAUAUGAAAAGGAGCGAUAUGAAAAAGUAAUAAAGGCUUGUGCUUUGACAAAGGAUUUGGAGCUUUUGGAGGAUGGAGACCUAACUGUGAUAGGAGAUCGGGGGACCACGCUGAGCGGAGGGCAGAAAGCCCGGGUUAACCUGGCAAGAGCAGUGUAUCAGGACGCGGACAUCUACCUUCUGGACGAUCCCCUCAGUGCCGUGGAUGCAGAGGUCGGCAGACACUUGUUCCAGCUGUGUAUUUGUCAGACCUUGUAUGAGAAGAUCACAGUCUUAGUGACUCACCAGUUGCAAUACCUAAAAGCUGCAAGUCAGAUUCUGAUAUUGAAAGAUGGUAAAAUGGUGCAAAAGGGGACUUACACUGAGUUUCUGAAAUCUGGGGUGGAUUUUGGUUCCCUUUUGAAGAAGGAAAAUGAGGAGGCUGAACAAGCUUCCACUUCAGGAAGUCCCACGCUGAGGCAGCGGACCUUCUCAGAGUCUUCGGUUUGGUCUCAACAGUCUUCUAGACCCUCGUUGAAAGAUGGCGCCCCAGAGAGCCAAGCUACUGAGAAUGUGCAGGUUACGGUAUCUGAGGAGAGCCGUUCUGCAGGAAAAGUUGGUUUUAAGGCCUACAAGAAUUACUUCACAGCUGGUGCCCACUGGGUUGUCAUCAUUUUACUUAUUUUAGUAAACAUUGUAGCUCAGGUUGCCUACGUUCUCCAGGACUGGUGGUUGUCGUACUGGGCAAAUGAACAGAGGGCCCUGAACGUCACUGCAAAUGGAAAAGGAAAUGUAACUGCAAAGCUCGAUCUUAACUGGUACUUAGGAAUUUAUUCAGGUUUGACUGCAGCUACAGUCAUUUUCGGCAUAGUGAGAUCUCUGUUGGUAUUCCAUGUCCUUGUUAAUUCUUCACAAAGUUUACACAACAAGAUGUUUGAGUCCAUUCUGAAAGCUCCGGUCUUGUUCUUUGAUAGAAAUCCAAUAGGAAGAAUUUUAAAUCGUUUCUCCAAAGACAUUGGACAUAUGGAUGACUUGCUGCCCCUGACAUUUCUAGAUUUCAUCCAGACCUUUCUACAAGUGAUUGGUGUGGUGGGCGUGGCGGUGGCAGUGAUUCCUUGGAUUGCAAUUCCCCUGGUUCUCCUGGGCAUCCUUUUCUUUGUUCUUCGGAGCUAUUUCUUAGAAACGUCGCGAGAUGUCAAACGCCUGGAAUCUACAACACGGAGCCCCGUGUUCUCCCACUUAUCGGCUUCUCUCCAGGGACUCUGGACCAUCCGGGCGUACAAAACGGAAGAGAGGUUUCAGGAACUGUUUGAUGCACACCAGGAUUUGCAUUCAGAGGCUUGGUUCUUGUUUCUGACCACGUCCCGAUGGUUCGCCGUGCGUCUGGAUGCCAUCUGUGCCGUCUUUGUCAUCGUUGUUGCCUUUGGGUCCCUGAUUCUGGCAAAAACCUUGGAUGCCGGGCAGGUUGGCCUGGCGUUGUCCUACGCGCUCACUCUCAUGGGGAUGUUCCAGUGGUGCGUGAGGCAGAGCGCCGAAGUCGAGAAUAUGAUGAUCUCAGUAGAACGGGUAAUGGAGUAUACAGACCUGGAGAAAGAAGCACCUUGGGAAUACAAAAAACGCCCACCGCCCACCUGGCCCCAUGAAGGCGUGAUCGUCUUUGACAAUGUCAACUUCACCUACAGUCUGGAUGGCCCUCUGGUAUUGAAACACCUGACAGCACUCAUUAAGUCAAGAGAAAAGGUUGGCAUUGUGGGAAGAACAGGAGCUGGAAAAAGUUCCCUCAUCUCAGCCCUUUUUAGAUUGUCAGAACCUGAAGGUAAAAUUUGGAUUGAUAAGAUCUUGACAACUGAAAUUGGACUUCACGAUUUAAGGAAGAAAAUGUCAAUCAUACCUCAGGACCCUGUUUUAUUCACUGGAACAAUGAGGAAAAACCUGGAUCCCUUUAAUGAGCAUACGGAUGAAGAACUGUGGAAUGCCUUAACAGAGGUACAACUUAAAGAAGCCAUCGAAGAUCUUCCUGGUAAAAUGGAUACUGAGUUAGCAGAAUCCGGAUCGAACUUCAGUGUUGGACAGAGACAGCUGGUGUGCCUCGCCAGAGCGCUUCUCAGGAAAAAUCGGAUACUGAUCAUUGACGAGGCGACAGCAAAUGUGGACCUAAGAACUGAUGAGUUAAUACAAAAAAAAAUUCGUGAGAAAUUUGCCCAGUGCACUGUGCUAACCAUUGCACACAGGUUGAACACCAUUAUCGACAGUGACAAGAUUAUGGUUUUGGAUUCAGGAAGACUGAAAGAAUAUGAUGAGCCCUAUGUUUUGCUGCAAAAUAAAGAGAGCCUCUUUUACAAGAUGGUGCAACAACUGGGCAAGGCAGAAGCUGCUGCCCUCACCGAAACAGCAAAACAGGUGUACUUCAGAAGGAAUUAUCCGGAUAUUACUCAGAACGGCCAUGUGGCUGCGAGCACGUCUAAUGGACAGCCCGCUGCCUUCACUGUUUUCGAGACGGCACUGUGAUUCCACCACGACGUCGAGAGUUUUCCAGUCGUUUGGCACUGUCUGAACUAUGCUUUUUUCUACAUUAGCACCAAAUAUUUACACAAACAAGACGUUAGUUUAUUUGGAUCUUUCCUCCAACUUCACCCAAUGAUUCCAAGCUCUAACAAAAUUACUGUUAUUUAUAUUUAUAUGUUAUAGUAUGUCUUUUCUGAUUCAAAUCAGGAGUGCAGGCCACCAAUAAAAGCUGUCUACCAGGUUUUGUGCCUUAAGAGACUCAGAGCCAAAGCACAUUUUUUUUAACUCUCCACCCAAACUACAUAUUACUUUACAGUUAUGUCAGGGAUUCUAUUUACUUGAAAACUGUGUGAAGCUGCCAUUUUGUCUUAGCACGUUCUUUAACGUACCCAGGGUCUGUUUGCUCCCUACAGGCCCCUGGCUAAAAUAGUACAGAUAAAACAUAGGAAAAAUAAAAACUAUAGUUCAGUGUAGGUGGCGUUAUCAUAGGGAGAGUCUACACCCCUACCUCCCCCAAAUAUAGUUAAAACAUAGAAAGGCAAUAUUUAAUUAUAUGUUCUAAAAGAAAAGGAAGAGAAAACAAUGCUUUCUCAAAAUAGGGGCCCUUAUAGGUUAUUUGAUAAGGAAGGACACAGUGUGAUCAUUGAUCUUUUAAAUGUGCAUGACUUUGACAUGGUAACUGUUGCAGUUUUAGACUCAGCGUGGUGAUAUUUCAAAAAAAAAGUCCAAACUGCCCAUGCGAACGGUAAUUCCUGAAUGUGUAGUAGUACUCUCAUUUGGAGUUCUGGUUUACUGCCGGCUUGCCUUCAGUUGACCGGAAACUUUUUGGGUUAGCCUUUAUUGAAAUGCCUUCUAAAUUGCAUGCGUAGGCUCUCUUGAAUUGGUGAGAAAAAAAGAAAAGAAAACCAUUGCAAACAUUGACUGUAAUUACACAGUAUAUUCUCAGGAUGCACCCAAAAGGUUCACUUUUAUGAGCCUACACAGGUUAGUUUACAUUUGACCACUAAUAGCAGUUUGUUUAGGUCUUUCUGACCAGUAAAUCAACAAACCACAGUACUUCCUGGGGCCUGCUGCACUUUCUCUGAACGGUGGGUCUUUCGUUUUCUUGAUGGUGAUGGCUAUGGUAUGCUGAGUUCAAGUUGCUAAGGUCUGAGUGUCGUGGUGUUGAGUGGAUGCUCGUGACCUCUCAGACUAAAGUGCAACUACCCUCAAGUGCAUAUAUUAACAUAUAUGCCAUCAUAAAGCAGGUUUUUGGACUCUUCAACAGAAACAUGUUUUAUAGACUCAAGCCUUAACACACACACACACACACACACACACAGCAAACUACCAAAAUGCACUGAGAGUGCCGUAGCUGCUGAACAUUUUAUAUCUAGAAACAAUAUGGUUAGUAUUGUGCCCAGUAAACGAGUAAGUUGUUUAAUAGUAUUUCAGGAGACUGAAAUGACAACAAUGGUAAUAGUGAAGUUGGUUGAAAUCGUGGAAAUAUUUUAAAUGUGUGUGUGUUUAUUUUAUGUUUAGAGGUUAA